AUUUGACGAGUGGUUGUGCUGUUGGCUGCUCGUUGAAAAAGCGCGCGCUCAAUCAUCACGAAGCACAGGAAGAGCUUCCCAAAAGAAAACAACCAAACGAUAAUUUAUAAUUAUAUUGCUUUGGACGACCGAGUCGGCACCCAAGUCAAUCAACAUGCUGCACGCUACGCUCUCCGUGGCGCUCCUCGCCGCCCUGACCGCCGCCUCGCCGCAAGCGGGCAACGGCGGAUCACCAGACGACGAGGCCCGGGUCGACGCCCUGUGCCGGCCCCCAAACAGCACGGCGGUGCCCCGGCCGCCGUGCCACGUCAUCGCGGACCUCGGCUACAUCUGCAAGGCCAACGGGACCAGCCCGCUGGCGCUCGACGCGCACGCGCAGUGCAUGUGCAAGGGCUCCUACUUCGCCGACUACGUGGCCUGCCAGAGCUGCAAGCGGGUGCACGGCGUGGCCUCGCCCGCCGACGAGGCGCACUUCGCGGCCGUCAUCGGCUCCGUCAGCCGCGCGCUCUGCUCGGGCACGCCGACGGCCGACCUCGACGGCAUCUUCAACUCGGUGUCGGCGGCCAUGACGGCGGCCCCCACGGGCAACACGGCCAAGUCCGACAGCGGCGGCGGCCGCACCGACGUCAGCGUCUACGCCACCAUCACCUACAGCCAGGGCCCCGGCAGGAUCGAGGGCGGCGCGACGGCGGCCACCACGAGGGAGACGUCGUCUCCGCCGUCCGGGUCGACGACCAGCUCGCGCACGCGCGCCAACGACGGCGCUGGCGGCGGCGGCGGCGGUGGGACCACGACGGCGGGUGCGGCCACGACGGCCACGACGAGCUCGCCCAACGGCGCGGUGCCCACCGCCGGGUUCGGAGGAGUGGCGCUUGGCCUGGCCGCGGGGGCUUUUAUGGCGGCCCUGUGAGCGGGGGUUAUGGAAGACGGGGUAACGGUAGUGUUGGUUAUGAUGGAUAGUAUGUCUGGGCGCUACCGGCACGCUGCGUCAUGAAUACGAGAGUUGUCUGACUGGCAAGGUGGUAGGAUGAUGGAUUCUGUUUGCGUUGUUGUACAUCUAGGUAGCAUCCUGAAAAUCGGGCGCAGUAGGGCUCUGCUUCCUUGCCGGAGGCGCGCAUAUGUAGCAAUGGACUUCAUGAUACCCAAAGC